AUGAGGUUUAAUAAAGUGCUGUUGUUUGUCGUUAUAAUGGGCGGGACUUGGCAGAUAGGCCGACCGACCUGUGUUUUGGAAUCAGAUUUUGGAUUUGUCCUCAACUGUGCUUUUAAGAAAUCUGGGCUGUUUCGAGUUAGAAAUCUUGGUGGUGUGAAAGCUCACAUAGGCCUGGGGUUUAGUGUAGGAGAUGAGUUGGGAUUCAAGGAGUCCCUCACGAACGUCGAACAGAACCGAAGGAGAUCGACGUCGGCGUCGAAGCUCCAAGCUCAACUAAUCCAAGCCCAGCAAAACGCGAAGAAGCCGAGCGCGAUAACGCCAUCACCGAAGGGUCUCUCGUUGGAUUCCAGAAUGGGCACCGUGGACGUUGUUACACCAACGUCAGCGGGACAAAUGAUGGGUUUACCCAAAUCCGUCAAGAGAACUUCUGGAGCUGUCCCUCCUUUCAAACCCAUUCCUCCAGCAGAGGAAAGAUACACAGCCGGUCACUCAGCUUCUUUUACCGAGGAUGCCGUCAAGUCGAGAAAUUACUUUGCAGGUGAUACGAAUAAUCCGGAAAUGAUGGCGAUAAUAGCAAUACCGAGGAGGGAAGUGCAAGCUCAAGAUAAAACCGGUAACGAUCAGUUCUCGUACAAAGUUUACCCGGCGGCGGCGAAUAACGAGGUAAACCCGAAGAACGCCAUCAUUUCAUUCGGCAACAGUAAUUUCACCGAAGAAGACAUCGAGGCGUUGAUUCAGAAACAAAUGGCUAUGAAGAAUAGAGCAACAACUACCACUACAACGACUACGACGACGACGCCAAAACCGUUUAAUAAAUACGCCAACAGCGCCGGGAAAGUGAUGAACGCGCCCAAGGAAUACUAUCCCGUUGGGUACGACAAGAAUUUCGAUGACAACUUCGCUUCGAGGGUGGAGUUGCCGGAAACAUCGUUUUAUUGCGGUGAUCAGAAGCAUUUUCCCGGGCUGUACGCCGACGAAGAUUUGGGUUGCAUGGUGUUUCACGUCUGUGCUUUAACGGAUGAUGGGCUUAUUAUGAAGAGCUUCCUGUGUCCGGAAUCGACUUUGUUCGAUCAAACGAUUUUGAAGUGCAAUUGGUGGUUUUACGUGGAUUGUAAGAAUUCGAAAAAACUGUACGAUUCCAAUAUACCGAUAUCGAAAAGCUAUCAAUUGAUGAAAGCUCUAACGUUCUUCUCUUCUUACAAAAACGAUAAUAGGAAUAGCACGAAAACGAACGAUAAAGACUGA